GAAAGGGAGCCUGGUAGCGGCUGUAACCACAACCACAAAAAAAAAAAAAAAAAAAAAAAAACAUUAUUGAAAAAAAUUAUUUUCUUCUAUCUGGUUGCCGCCGCUGCCGUGGCCGCUGCUCUCUCUCUAUCAAUAAUUUUAACUGAUUUAAAAAAAUCUAACAAAACGGAUAUCUAUAAGGAUAUUGAUUGGAGUACUGAUAAAAUGACCACCACUGGCGGCGGUGUUGGUGUUGGUGCUAGUCGCUUUAUGGCUUACUCUCCGUCUCCAUCAGCUCCUCACUCCCCUCAUAUCUCUGGUCUUCGUUCAUCGGCAGCUUCCUCUGCUCUCGUAGUCGAGCAAGAAAAGUAUUUGUCGGAGUUGUUGGCAGAGCGUCACAAGAUUAUUCCAUUUAUGCCUGUGCUUCCUAAUAUCUAUCGGCUGUUGAACCAAGAAAUAUUGCGUGUAACUACACUGUUGGGGAAUGCAUCAGUUUUAGGUCAAAGUGGGCUUGAACAUGCUAGUCCUCUGUCUUCUGGAGGAAUAUUUUCAAAUGGAGCAGCUGAUGCAAAUGGAUGGGCAUCACGGUUUCAAUCAGAAAUGUCAGGUAUGUUGCAGCCCUCAUCAGCACAAAACUGGCUGAGCUCUCAAGGUAGCUCAUCCGGUCUUAUUGCUAAGAGAACUAUUAGAGUGGAUAUUCCUGUCGACAAAUAUCCUAAUUAUAACUUUGUUGGGCGCCUUCUUGGUCCUAGGGGGAACUCCCUUAAGCGAGUGGAAGCUAGCACAGAGUGCCGUGUCCUGAUCAGAGGCCGUGGAAGCAUUAAGGAUCCAGCCAAGGAAGAAAUGAUGAGAGGGAAACCGGGGUAUGAGCAUCUCAAUGAACCUCUCCACAUCUUAGUUGAGGGUGAAUUGCCAGUUGAGAUUGUUGAUGCUCGGCUAAUGCAGGCAAGUGAGAUACUCGAAGACUUGUUGAAGCCUGUGGAUGAAUCACAGGAUUACUACAAGAAGCAGCAACUGAGAGAGCUAGCAAUGCUGAAUGGUACACUUCGUGAGGAAGGUUCUCCUAUGUCAGGUUCUGUCUCCCCCUUCAACAACAGCCUUGGUAUGAAGAGGGCUAAGACCAGGGGGUAAUGGAUUCUUGAACCUAGUGGGCUCUUGGAGCUUGUUUACUAGUUCGGCCAGUGAUCAGCGGUUCUGACAGCGGAGGUGUUCCUGUGUCAGCCAAUGCUCCCAACUGCCAUCGGGGCACUGGCACUGUCUUGUGCCAGUUCUAACUUGUUUCUAUAUGAGGUGUGUUUAUCUUGUGUUUGGGGAAGGUUUAAUGACAGUGUCGCAUGUUAAGGGACAGUUCAGUUGGGGUUUUGCGUUUGUAUGUUGCUUUAGGCAGUUUGGAAUCAAAGGUUGCCAAUGUAUUAAAAUAGGGCCUUACUAUAUAAGCUUGUGAUGACAGUUGAUGGGCAUUUGUGUGAGAAAGUUGACGUAUAUUUUGUAUACAGUAAUGAUCAACAAGUCUACCCAAAUGCACCUCAGCUGGGUUGGAGUGUUGUCCUAGUAAGUGUAGACUGUACUCGAAUUUGUCGAAGGCAUUCUUUGUCGUCUCCUACAAUAAUUGUAUUUGCCGUCUUGCCCCCUUC